AUGAAUUCUAAACGACGACCAGUACCAUUAGAAGUAACUAAUUGGAUGGAUAAAGAUUUAACAUUAAGAAAAAUAACAGCUAAUUCACGUUUAUUAACAAAUGAUACAAGACAAAAUAUUGUAUUAAGUCGACAAUUUUUUUCAAAUUUAUUAACAUUAUCAUAUGCACGUUAUCGAAAAAUAGCAGAACAUGAUUUUGAUAAAAAAUUAUUUAUUAGAAAUCUACACAAUAAAUUUGAAUCAUCCCCGGGUUUUCGUCCAUAUUUGGAUCAAUUAACAACGGGUAGUACGAAUAGAAAUACAUCAUCUCGAAUACAAUCAAAUAGAAAAACUGGGAAUCCAUUAUUAUGUCCAUCAGCUCAAUCGUUUCUUUCUCGUUCGGAAACAAAAUCUGAUCCAACAUUUUUUCGAAGACAACAAUCAUCAUUUCGCCAAACUAGAACAGCUCAACCGAUGAGAGCUGAACCAACAACACCUCUACCUGAUAUAGUACACGUUACAAAUUCUGCAACAUCCACUAAUCGACGAACUCCAACUCGACAACAAAUGUCACGUGAAAGACUUAAUCGUUUAGCUCAACCAAAAGGUUAUCGUCCUAAAUCAACGAAUAAUAAUGAUAAUAAUAAUCAUGUUCGUGCAAAUAUAAUUGAAGAAACGACAACAUCAGAAGAUGUUUUUGGUAAAAUUGAGAAUGAAACAGAAUUCACAUCAGAACAAAUACAACCUAUAUUACCAGCGAAACCUAAAAGUGCAGCUGAUGAUCAACGUUUUCAUCAUUUAGUUGGUGUUUUUACUGAAAUAUAUGACGCUCAAAAAUCAAAUUUACAAACAGUUAAAAAUAUUGUACGAGCUAAUACAUCAUUACAAGAUGAAAAUGGACAAUGGAAAGCAGAACGUCGUUCAGCAAUUAGUCGUCAAGCUGAACUUGAUCAUAAUCGUCAAAUGCUUGCUGAUAAACUUCACAGUAAACUAGAUGUGUUUUUAAUUGAUGUUGGAGCAUAA